UUCACGGCCGAGAGCAGCACGCCCACGCCGCCAUCCGCUCUUGGCACCCUGCCAGGAGCUGACGUUACAUUUUGGGGUAGUGUUGGAACUUGGAGAUAAGAGUUUGUUUAUAUCUCCAUGGAAACCCCAUUUGACACGUGUGAUAGCAGCGUGCUGUUAUCAGUGAAACCUUGAGUGAAACCAAACACCACCCUGAUCUCAACCAAGGCAAUGUCAACACAAUUAGAAUUCAUAGUCGGCGUGUGAAUAAGGGAGCUUUUCCCAUAUUAUGGACAUCAGAAGAGGUCACUGAAGUCGCUCCUUGGUCCUUGACCUGGAUCUGGAGGUUAAUCAUGUCAACUAUAAAUUGGCGGGCCCAGUUCCGUGACACCGGCCCAUUCAUUGGCACGGAGGAACUACGACAGUCGCAUGUGUUCCGACUGCUGUCCGGCCAAGAGAAGUUUGAUGAUGAGCGUGAUGCUGGAGAUGGCGAUCCUGUGGUCCCAGAAGCUGCCCAGGCUAACCCCAUCUAUGAUGCCGAGAUAGCGGCCCUCUGCCAGCAGUGGGAGCUCUCCCAGGCUGAGCGCCAGCAGAAGCAGAAGCACAUUCAGGAUCUCACUGAAAAGGUGGUAAAUGGCAUGGCCAGGAAGCAAUGGGUGGCGAUCUGCAAGGCGCCGCGCAAGCUACCGCGCUUCUCGGCGUGGACCAAGCAGCAGCAGCGGUUCGUCGUGGACAUGAUGGCGCGCUACUGGGCCACCGGGGUGCCCACGAACCCGCCGCUGGCUGACCGGCGAGACGUCACGCGCUUCAUGAAACUGCUUAGCGAGAUGCGUGCUGAGCAGCAGGAGUUUCUGAACUUUGCCAAGGAGGUGAACCUCACCCAGGUGCAGCGGUACAACUACAUCAACGAGUUCAUCGACAAGUACAUCCACCUCCGCAUGACGAAUAAGAUCCGUCACACGCUGAGGACCUACCCCACCGCCUACGAGCCGGUGACGAUGCUGCCGCUGGCGCCGCCGGUGGGUGCGCCGCCCGUGUUCGCCGCCGUCAGCGCGCCACUCGAGCUCGGACGGGUGCCCAUCUGCGUGAUGCCCCACCUGAAGACUUACACGGACGUGAAGCGGCAGACGAGCUUCCUGGAGCUGAUGUUUCCCACCGGGGACGUGUGCCCCAAGGCGCCGAACGAUUCGCACUUCACGCCCAGGGAUGGCACCUACCUCUACAAGAUGCCCGUGAGCUCCGACCCGAACGUGUCGCUGCUCUCGGCGCAGCAGGAGUUUGACGUCGUCACCUCCCCGUCGGCGCUGAAGACGCUGCUGGAUAACAGCGCGCCCGCCUGGGACCGGCAGUGGGAGCUACCCGUGACCGUUCGCAUCGUGCCCGGCACCCAGCCCGGCACGCACAGAAAGGUGGUGUUUGUCGACAAGCCGCUGCCGCCGCGCAGUAUGAACUGUCUGGAGCGUAACACGCGCGGCCACAAGCACACCGUGCGUAUCCUGGUGUGUAAGCGCGUCUUUGGAGACGAGCCCGCCGACUACAGCAUCUGGGAGGAACAGUACAUGAAGAGGAAGAAGGCAUAUGAGGCAAGACUGCUAAGGAAAGCAGAAAAUAGGCAGAAAGAAAUGGAACGGCAGCAGCGGAAAAAGAAGAAGAAGAAUAAGAAGCGGAAAGUGAAGCCGGCUCAGUGCGGGGAGGCCGACGCGUCUGAUCCACCGGAGAAGAGGCGCCGACUGGAGUCGGGCGAACAGCCCGACCCGGAGAUCAGGGUGGACGCCGACCGGGACGGAGGGGACUCGUCUGGGAAGGACUCCUCUGACGACGAGGGACUGCAGAUCGACUGCGCCGGGCAGGAGGACAAAGAGGGAGGACAGACGGAAGAGGAGGAGGAGGGAGGACAGAUGGAGGAGGGAGAGGGAGGACUGAUGGUGGUGGAGGAGGGAGGACCUAAGAAGGAAGAAGGACAGAAGAACGAGGACUUGCCCCGUGAAGACGCAAAAGAGUGUGCUCAGGAAGAAAACUCCAGCGCUGCUACCGGCGGGGUCGACUCAACACUGAACUCCAGUACGGCUCCGGCCAAAGCGGACGCAGACGACACCGCACGCCCCUCAGCGUCCGGCGGAGGAGAGGUCGCCUCCGGCUGCGAUCCGACCACCCCCAAGGACACUGCACCGCCACCUGCGUCACCCCCGGAGCCUGGAGAGGUGCGGGAGGGCGCCGGUGCAGCGGCGGCCGGGUCGGCGGCGGGCGGGAAGGACGGCGACCCGUACCUGCACCCGCCGCCCGGUCUGAACGUGCACUACCGCGUGUGGCAGUUGGGAAAACUGCGGCUGCUGCUGCGGGCCACCACCCACGCCAUGAGGGAGACGAAGAACGCCGGUCUGGUGCGGUACUCUGUACACGCCAAGGUGGCCUAUCAGCCGGCCUAUGGGAUCGAGGUGAUGACCCGACCCGAGGUCAUCUCCCAGUGGCUCGACUGUCUGCUGCGGCCCAACAGUCGUGUGGUCAGAGUGCACCUGGACCCCAUCAGUCAGAUGGUGCUGGCCGCGGAGGAACGCUCCUUCAGUCAACUCACAGAGGAGUUUGCCAAGUAUGACACCGGCUUCAAACCGCCUUAUGGACUGCAGGUGCUGGAGUCGGUGCUCGUCGAGCUGACCCAGCAGCCGCCCGGCCAGUACCUCCUCUCACACGACAGCCGCUCGGGCGCCUUCGUCCGACUCUCGCGCGCCAGCGCCCCUGACGGCGGCUCUCUGAAGCUGCAGUUCCCGGUGUCGCCGGUGAGGACGCUGCUGGACUCGCCGCGCUGCCUCGGGCUCGACCCGUCGAUUCUGACGCCGUACAACACGCGCUAUGGCCGCGUGCCGGCUACCUUCCACUACAGGGAUACCGUGGAGCUUGGCGAGGGCGGAUGGAAAGAGCACUGGGCGAAGCAAAAGGAGCAGGGCAUCACCAGGAAGAAAAAGAAAAAGAACAAGUCUGGGAAGCAGCCGACCGACGCUCCGCCAGCGGAGGCCGAUUGAGGAGACGGAGCACGUUCCAGUGAGGCAUGUAUUGUACACAUAUCUCGGUACCCCUGCCCGGUACUGCGAGACGCUCAGUUGCCAGACGCCCAGCUGCCAGAUCUGUGCCAGGCUGCAGGCGAAAAAAAAACCGGCAGAAAACCCAGCAGAGGCUGUGAAUGUUGGCAGUUUCAGAGCGCGUAUCAUGGACGGACGGCAUCGACUGUCAAAACGCAGCUGGCGCCGCCUGGUGGCUCUGCGUCGUACUUUCGGAUGAGUUUUGAAAGAGGUGAUAUGCGAAUGUGAUUUUUUAGAGCGCUUUUUGCCUUUCCAUGCAAAAUGUGAAAUAUGGUUUUGCGGAAACACUUUUUGGAUACCCUGUAUGCGAAUCUUGUAUCACAUUCUCUAACCACUGAUGAUUUCAACCGUGAUGCCCAUAACAACUUACGGGUUAUUUUUGUGCUAUAGCCAAAAUGGGGCUCUUCUGUCCUCUCAAGUUCAUUGUCAUCGCUAAUAGUCCAUGUCCUAUCGGCUAUCGCAUGACGUGAAUGAGACAAAAUAUGUCACUGCCUUUCGUUCGUGCCAUUUGCGUCACUCAUAUUCCCAAGUCGUUGCGUCCAUCUCAGGCUCAGCUGUAAUGUGAAGUGGAAAGUGUGCUAGCUAAUGCUUAUUGUGAUUCUGUGUGAAACAUUUCAUAGAAAAGUGAAUACAUUAUUUCGCCACA